GGUGGAGUUGACUCUGGCUCACAAAGGGAGACGCCGCGGCGGAAGGGCGUAAAUAUAUGACGACCGGCGGCGUCCUCGCAUUGCCAAAUUUGCCCUAUGCGCCCAUUACAUCCGCCGGAUUCCUGAUAAAAGAUUUCCCCUAAAACCCUCGCCGUCACUCCCAACUUCCCAACCCUCCUGACGUUCCCCUUCGUGCGGCCAUGGUGGGCUCGGAUCCGGAGCCUGACAUCGCCGAGCUCUUCUGCCACUACAACGCCCUCUACUUCCAGGACUCCCUCGGCGCGUGCGCCGUCUCCUGGGCGGAGGAGCCACUCCCCUACGGUGAUACAAGUGGCUGUGAGUAUUAUCCUGGCGGUGGUGGCUGUAUUGUACUUCUUUCGAAGUCAUUGUAUGAACAUCACACAUACUCCGAUCUGAAGAAUGUUUUGCUCCAUGAGAUGAUUCAUGCCUAUGUGUGCAUCAAAGAUAAUAACACUAACCAUAGUAACCAUGGUGCAAACUUUCAGAAGUUAAUGAAUACAAUCAAUUCCAGCUCUUUACCAGAUCAUCAUCGUCCUGUUGGUGGCUACAACAUAAUUAUACUCCAUGAUAUCAGAAAGAAAUGUUAUCAAUACGAAUGUGAUGGCUGUGGAGAUUUUGUUAGAUCAACCAAGAUCAGAGGACCUUCACAUGAUGACUGCAUUGAGAGAAUGGGUGCUAAUUCCUCAUGCCCGAAUUUAGCUUGUCGGUGGCAUAGGCACAAGAAGCGAUGCUCUGGUAGCUAUUAUAGAGUUGGAAAAUCACCACCAGGCUGUGUAGAACUAGGGGGUUCUAUAGCUUCAGGUGAAGAAACACUUGAUGAACGCAAGGCUGCCAGAUCAGCCAGUGGGAGUUGGCAUGCCAAACAUACAUCAAAUAAGUCGGGGACAAGCAAUAAACAUGAGCUGGAAGAUGCAUCAGCUGAGUUCCUUCAUCCUACUGAUGACGCAAUUAACAAAUCAGGUCUGGGCUCCUCUUCGGGGGACAGGUGUAAUAAGAAAAUCAAAUUAUCCAAGGACGUUCGCUUUGGCAACCUGACAAGCAAAACUGUUCAGCAAGCACCAAAGCGACCAAGAACAGAUACAGCAAAAAGGAACCAAGAGUGCAGCAGACAAAAGAAAAGGAAAACUAGCAAGUGGGAUAGAUCCUAUUCGAUAAUAGUUGAUCGGUUGAAUUAUUACUGUGUUGAUGAUUCGGAUGAAGAUGAGGUACCUUUGAUCAAUAAAAGAACCGAAAUGAGAAAACGACAAAGGUUACUGAAAAAUUCUCAGGCAACAGAAUCAAACGAUUGUAGAAAGGAUGUGUGUUUUGGUUCUUGUUCUCAAGGCUCAGGGGACAAGAACAUAUCUGAAAGUGCGCCUGCUUUUCAAGUUGAAGAACAGUCGUUACCAGAUCAUCUUGUGCGUAAUCGUGUAGCUGCUCCAGGUCAAAUAGAACAUGAAACUGUGGACUCCGCAAUUGGUGAAAUUGUGGACAUUUCAGAUGGGUGACGAUCACAGUUUAAUUAGCUCCUCUUAUCAACCCAAGCUUUCCGUUGUGCGUCUUGCUACUGCUAGACAUCUCGCUACACUGCAAAAGUGCAAAGGUUGUAAACUUGGAACCCGGUUUGGUUUGCGCAUAUCGCCGCUAUGGCAAGGAUGCUGCGUCGUCCUGUGAAAUAUGUGUCCUUGGCUGCUGUACAUAGUCUUGUUUAUUUCUGUUGCAGUUUACUUCAUUUUUUUACUAGCAUAGAGGGGGUUGCAAUGUUAGGUCUGUAUGCUGUAGCUCACUUUGGGCUACCGUAUUUCACUUUUCUAUUUCUGUACUGACGACAGCGGCAAGUCAUCUAAUUGUGGGCGUAUGGUUUCCCCCUCUUUGUGUAUUUUU